AUGUCAGGGAAGGGGUGCAGCAGCAACAACGUGAUGCAGGCGCGCCGGGCGGUGGAACAGCUGCGGGUGGAGGCCGGCAUGGAGAGGAUCAAGAUCUCUAUAGCAGCAGCGCAACUGGUGCAGUACUGCGAAGAGCACGGUCGCGGUGACCCCCUCCUCACGGGUGUCGCUACCUCUGCCAACCCCUUCAAGGAAAAGAAGUCCUGCGUGUUGCUGUAAGAGCCCACUUGGAUCUGCAUCCUCCAGCUCCACGCCAUCCACACACACACCCACCCGCACCCAACCUUCUCCUCUGAACAGGGUCGCGGGGUGCGGAGCCUAACCCGGCAACACAGG